UAUUACUUAGACAACAGAGUCUGUGUGUGCCGGGUCAACUGAUAGUCAUGAUGAUUUGUGCUUUCAGUGUCCAGAUGAUCUCACAGGAUCUCACAGUUGGACGUUCUGAGGACGCUCUUCACAGAGAGUGUUAUCAUUAAUUUGUAUACAUUACGUCCCUAUAUAAUCUGGGGACUUGAUGCAUGACUUGCAUGUGUGUCAAUUCUGUCUCCUUCUUGCAAGUAUUUCAAUCAAUGUCCUGCUUCAUGAUUUUUCAACCGGUGUCCAGUAAGAUUUUUUUAACAUUACAUUAAGUGAAUAUGAGCAUUGAAUGGACAUUGUACAUGUUGUGGAGGCCUGUGAAUGCUACGCCGAUAGUAUGUGGCUCUAAAGCCUCAUUGUAGGCAAGAUGAUCUCAACUUAAAUUGUACUUAUAAUGGCUCUUAUCUAUAGCAGGUUGUAAAUCGGCUUAUUUAUUGAAAUUGCACUUCCUGUUCUUCUGAGUUUGUAUCCUUAUGGUUGAAAUGCACUUAUUGUAAGUCGCUUGGGAGAAAAGCGUCAUCUAAAUGACAUGUAAUGUAAUCUCAAUGUGCAUUUUAGGCCUCCGUCGUGGCUGGUGCGUCUAUCGGCUGUGACGUGGCCGCACUGAGAGCACCAGCUGUCAAUACUCCGUAUCUGUAAUCCCUCACGGGUAGACCCAGGCCUGGCUUUACAAAAGCACAUUACCUCAUUUCAUGAUGCACAAACGAACAGGUGGACAGUCAUGUCAAUUACAGGGAAAGCCUAGAGUUCAGCGCCGAGGUCAAAGACGGUCCGACACGUCAUCCGGGGUCCGUUCAGUCCGUCCAACUCCUUCAGCCCUAACAUGGGUGUAAAGGGCUGGGAACAGCUGAAUGUCAAAUACAUCCUAUAGAACUGGGCCAACAUGCCUGUCUAUAUACGCAGUAGUUCAAAGUUGGGAAGCAUUUUCUCUUUCAAUUUAAUGAGAAAAGUGUGUCCAAACAGGGCUGAUUCGAUUGUGUACCGUACAUAAGUAAAAUGUGGAGGUACAUCCGCUUUUCUUGAACCAUCAACAUUUUGUACAAUUCUAAGAGAGAGAGAGAAAGAGAGAAAGAGAGAGAGAGAGGCGUGCAAUGUGGGAGGAAGAGGAAGAGGGGGGAUGACAGGCAGAAACCGGCGUCACCCGCCAAUACAACAUAGAGAAAGAGCGUUUUUUGGGGGGGCGGUGAGGCACCUGAAACCAUCCCUCGGUUUAACCCCCCUGGGUUUUGGUUUUAUUUCUAAGGGAACAGAGAAGCUGAUGGGAUUCGCACCGGCGUGACAAACCCCGGAAGGAAGCAGCACGCGUGGACGCGUACUCUCCGACUGUCACGUACGCGCCUCUGUGGAUUUGCGCUGCCACCCAGCACGCCAUCGAACAAUGUUUGUCCGACGGACGCAAACCUAAAGCCCGGCUCGAGACUCCCAAUCAGCGGCCUGAUCGCUGAGACACACGCGCAAAGCCCACGAGGAGGAAACUUCACAGAGCCGCUGACAAAGAUUCUCUCCAUCACCGAAAGCAGCGGCUCAGCUAGAGAGAAGAAGAAAAAAAAAUGAAGCGAGGACGUGAGCUACGUGCGCAUCCGGCAGAUGACGAGGUGAAAUGGAGAGCUCGGGACACGCGGACCUUUUAAACCCGACCUCCUUCCGCGGCUGCGUGGGACUUCCAGGCUCUCUGCAGAGAGGGACGGUCGGCCAGCCGCAGUUCGUCCUCGGUGCCGCGGAGACUCGCCUUCGCCCCGCGCGUCGCGUGGACAUGGGGCUCCACGGCUUCCGCGCGCCGCCGGCCGGGAGUCCGACGGCCGCGGAGCUGCUCGCCGGUUUGGCCUCUCGGACCGACUCGCCCGCGGUCGCCACCCCGACGAAGCGGCUCAAGACCGGCGUGCCCGUCUAUGCCGGCGGCGUGCUGUCUCCGUCCGCCACCGUGGAAGGGAGCCACGCGCACGUCACGGCUCACACGCCGAACGGUUACCCGCCGCGCGUGAACGAGGUGGCCCCCGCGUACCCGCUCACCAGCAGAGCCUGUCUGAUGGAGAACGGGGAGCGGGCGGCUCAUGAGAAGUGCCCUCCGCCGAUGAGGAGGGUCACUGGUGACCUGAAGGCCAGGCAGGCGCAACAGCAGAAACGGAGAGGCGGGGAGAACUGGGACGUGGGCCCGGGGGCUCUCGCUGGCUUCGUGUCGGGGUCGCUGGGUUCGGGGAGUGCCGCGGACCCGCUCCUCGCUUCGGGAGACUCUGACUUUAAACGCAGGAGGCUGGCAGAUGGAGUCGUGGCUCACAGCGCUCCAGAGGCCUCCAGAGCAGCCCAAGCUGCCGCGGACGCCGUCAACCGCGGCAAUCGUGAACACCGUGGCCCCCCCCAACCUCCCUUCACCCCGCACGCUAACCAGCACAGUGAACAUAAAGCGCUCCCCUCGGGCCCGCCAGCUGCGCCCGGCCCCGUCGAGGCCAACUGCGCCCUGACCCCGGCGGGGGCAGAUCACAUAGCCCAGCAGUACAUCGUCCCCUGCAUGAAAUACUACGGCAUCUGCGUGAAGGACGACUUCCUGGGCCCUCAGCUGGGCGCCAGGGUGCUGGAGGAGGUGGAAGCCCUGAACCGCGGCGGGAAAUUCCGCGGCGGGCAGCUGGUGAGCCAGAAGAGCAUCCCCUCUGGGAACAUCCGGGGCGACCAGAUCGCCUGGGUGGAGGGGCGGGAGCCCGGCUGUGAGACCAUCGCGGCGCUGAUGGCUUACAUCGACGAGUCCGUGAUGUACAGCGCCGCCAACGGGCAGCUGGGAGACUGUAUCAUCAAUGGACGCACCAAGAAACAAGGAGGGCUGCUGCAGAUCUACCCUGAAGGUAAAAAUGUGGUGGCCAACAUCGAGCCUCAGUUUGACCGGCUGCUGAUCUUCUGGUCGGACCGCAGGAACCCGCAUGAGGUCAAGCCCGCCUUCGCCACUCGCUAUGCCAUCACAGUUUGGUACUUUGAUGCCAAGGAGCGAGCAGAAGCUAAAGAGAAGUACAGAUUGGCAACAGGACAGAAAGGUGUCCAAGUGCCCGUCACGCAGAACAGCAGGAAGUGAACCCAUGAGCCGAUCACUGGAGAGCACUCUGAAAAGUCAAAUGUGCCUUCCCCCGAACUGCAAAACGAACAUCGCGAUCAAAAAGAACGGACGGGCGUGGACGCAGCUCUGUGAUGUCGAACCCCCCCCCCCACUCCGACGGACUGUGAUGUGAUCAAAGACGCUGCGGAUGUGGAGCACAAUGGACUGGAUUGUGUGACAAACGCAAAAUAAGGACUAAAGAGGAAUGAUGAGCAGACUCCCUCAUUUGAUGGCGUUGCAGUUUUGCCGGUUUGGUGGCAAUUGAUGCUGUGGAGUACAGACAAUGGGGGGGGGGGGCGUUGAAAGCAACGUCGCCGUCCCUUUCUUUUCCCCCUGCUUCUCUGUGAUGUUGUCAGUGAAAGAGACGGAAAUAUUACAAACCCUACUACUCGGAAGGCGUGCUGACCCUACUACGGGCGAAAGGAUUGUUUUCUGACUUUAUUGCAGCACUUUCUUUGAUUUUAAAAAUAGGGUUAUGUUGCGUUACAUCGAAGUAACUGAUUCGUUCAAUUGGAAUGUUUUCUCACAUAUUUCUUUAAAAUGGCGAAACACUCUUUCGGAUGACGAAAGUGCUCAUUGUAAAAAAAAAAAAAGAAAUGGAUCGAAAGUCUGGGGAAAAGAAUUGAGGGGGGAGGCAGUAAUUGGCGGAACAAAUCAAUGCAUUGGAUGAAGCUCUGCAACGAUGUAAGACUUGACAGCCGUUAGGGAGGUCAGGAAUUUAGCAGUCAAUGCAUUGAAUUUUUACUAUUCUCAAACAUUUUAUUUAGUAUCGCAGUCAAAACACAAUGAAUCCCUGCUACAGUACUUUAACAAUAUUACCUUUUGCAUCCAGCUUCAAGCACUUACUCCAAGCAUUACAGGGACGCACUUCCAAAACUCUACACUUAAGUUCAAUAUCGCACACUAAGUAAAGUUCAAAGAACUAUUUCUGGAC